AUGACGGCGCAGAUUGACUCGCCACCACUGGCAUCCUCGGUAUCUUCAGUAUCAUCAGUGGAUAGACAAGCAAUCAAAAACACUCGUCUGCAACAGGUUGUAGUCAUAGUGCAGCUCGUCGGCGUCACUCUUACCGCUAGCCUGAUCAAUGGCCUGGUGACUAUCGCACUGCCGACCAUCACCAAGGAUCUUGAACUGCCCUCUUCUCUAGCCUUCUGGCCCUCAUCAGUUAGUAGUCUCGCUACUGCAUCGACACUACUCCUCGCCGGCUCUCUUGCUGACACCAUUGGCCCACGAUGGGUUGAACUGGUCGGAUCUUUCUCCAGCGGAGCCUUGAUGAUCGGGCAGGGAUUAGCUCGGAAUGGAGAAGGGCUAGUCGUAAUGAGGGCUCUGCAAGGCGUUGGCCUCGCCUUCCAUUUGGCCUCUUCUGUCUCCAUCAUCACCCAGCUUCUGCCCCAAGGCAGAGGCCGUAAUCUUGCUUUCUCAUGCAUCGGUCUCAGCCAGCCCCUGGGUUUUUCGCUCGGACUAGUCGUGGGCGGUGUUCUAGUCGACACAAUCGGCUGGCGAGCAGGAUGGUACAUCGCAGGGGGAAUCACUCUCUUCUUUGCAGUGAUUGCAGUCUGGACCCUGCCCAAGAACAAAGUUGUUCAAGACCAAAGUCUUCUCCACAAUGUGCGGACGAGGAUUGACUGGCUCGGCGCCUUUCUGGCUUCCGCAUUCAUGGCCCUACUCUGUUACCUCCUGGCUAUUGUAAGCGCGGAACCGUCCCGCAUCAAAUCUGUCGACAGCAUCGUCAUCCUAUGCCUGGCAGCAAUCGCCCUUCCACUCUUCAUCAUCUCAUCGCACCAUCGUGUCAAGCGAAACAAAGUAGCCCUAAUCCCGAACUCCUUAUGGAGAAACACCUCCUUCUCCAGCGUCUGCGCCACAGUGGCCCUGUCCAACGCAGUGCUCAACUCCAUGGAACUCUUCGCCAGUUUAUUCUUCCAAGAAGUCCAAUACCUCUCAGCCCUACAAGCCUCCAUCCGCAUCCUCCCCAGUCUGAUAGUCGGCGCCCUCCUAAACUUAAUUAUCGGGCUUUUCGUCCACAAGAUCCGCGCUGUCUGGAUCGUAACAAUUACCUCGCUCCUCUGCGCUGGCUCCCCCCUCCUAAUGGCCGUCAUUCAACCCUCCUGGCCAUACUGGGGUAAUGCCUUCUUCGCACAAAUCCUCCAACCCGUUAGCUUUGACGCCCUGUUCACUGUCGGUCUGAUCGUCAUUACCGAUGUCUUCCCGGACGACACGCAAGCUCUGGCUGGUGCAGUGUUCAACACCUCGGCGCAAUUCGGGAGUGCCCUGGGACUUGCAGUGUUGCAGGUUAUUUCGACGGUUGUGACAGAUCAAUCUGGGGCGGCGAAGGAGCGGUAUGCAUUGAUGGAUGGCUUCCUGACAAGUCAGAAUGCUCAAAGUCCAUUACAAGAUCUUUGA